GGGAUCCUACGUGAGGUUUUGAACGAUAGCUGGGUCUCGGUUAAAUCCGGGAGCGGAGAGUUCAAGCACAUGCGGAAGAACCAGUACGAGGAGAUCCUCUUCCGCUGCGAGGACGAACAGUUCGAAUUGGACAUGCUUCUUGAAUCCACCAAUGACACGGCCCGGCGGGUGACAAAAUUGCUCGACACUCUGCAGGAUCCAAGUUUGAGCAAGCUCAACUUGCACGUGGAGGAUCACUUGACGCCCAUAAACCUUCGCUGCGUCGAGCGGAUUUUUGGCGACCACGGCCUGGAAGUCGUUGACCAGGUACGGAAGAAUCCCUCUGUGGCUCUGCCCAUCAUCCUCAACCGGCUGAAGCUGAAGCAGGACGAAUUGUCAAGCUUUCGGACUGACAUGAACAAGGUCUGGGCCGAGGUUUAUGCUAAGAACUACCAUAAGUCCCUGAACUAUCGGAAGUCCAAUGGUUCGUCGUCAUCUGCGAUGAAGACGGCUGUGCUCGCCAUGAUGAGCCGAUAUUAGGGGAGAACCCUGGCAUUAGGCCCUUG